CACGCUCCACCUCCUAACGGUCAAAACCUACAUGAAAAAGCAAGAUUUGAAGUUGGACUUGCAGCUGACAGAGAUAGACAAGCGAGAGGAGGGAGAGAUAGCAAGAGGAGGAAUAAAACUAAAAGAAGAAGUUUAGUGAGAACUGAGAGGUGUAGGAUGAGAGGCCUGUCUGUUAGCUGAGGGUAAGACAGUCAUGUGAAAUCAAAUUACUAAAAGAAACUAGAAACUUCACUGUUACUGUUAUUUAUUGCACCUGCCUCCAUAUCAAAGUGCUUGAUGGCUGUUACUAAGGCCGUGCUCCCGUCCUUCAGCUCCUUCUCUGGCCUCUCUCACUCCAGUGACGAUAUGAAAAAAGAAUGAAGUCUGUGGAUUUGACACUUAUCAGGAAGGCUCUCCUACAGCAAGUGUGGAAAUCUGAUGGCAGCUCUCUCCCUUUAGAGCCUCCAAGCAGCAAACUGUCACCAAGCAGCUCUGAACAGCUGCAGGUCUCUCAACAAAUGGCAGAGGAGCUCCUGGAUGAUGACAGCCAAGCAUCUUGGGACAUUGAGUUCCUGCUGUCUGAGUGGCGCACCCCUUCUCCUGACCUCAACCCCUCUCUGGACAGUAACGGCAACAACCAAUGGCUCCCACUACUCGACUCAAACAGACUGUAUCAAGAUGUGGCCCACUUUAAGGACCAGGCAGGGCAGGAGGGUUUGCAGAUGAACAGUGGGAGUCUCAUGGCUGAGCUCCUGUCACCCCCUGAGACCACAACGGUCCAGCCGGAGCUGCACCACCAAGGUUAUAAUGACAACCUAACAGGACGAACUUCAUUUCCUAACGUACAUCAUGUAAAUCAGUUUGACUUCGCUCAUGUAGGAAAUAUGGAGGCGCACAGCAGAGGAAGCCUCAGUAAGGUCACAUCAUGGGACUUCAGCCCCUACUACCCCCAGCAGCUGCCCUCCAUGGUGACCUUCCCAGACAGCAGGUUCCUCCCGCCUCAGGCUGUGACCACAGACGCCCGACACUACACCUACAUGCCCCACUUUAAUUACAACGGCAGCCUUUUCUGUGACUACAACCCCAGCCAGGCCGUCGGACAUUUGCCCCAUCACCCACAGCCUCUGCUAGUCGGACCCCAGCUGCCCCCUGCUGGGGUGGAGGGGAAGCGUGGCAGGAGAGCUGCAGGGAAAAAGAGGCCCGCCAUCCACAGCUGUGAAUACCCCGGCUGCAGCAAGACCUACACCAAGAGCUCCCACCUCAAGGCUCACCUCCGCACCCACACAGGGGAGAAGCCUUACCACUGUUCCUGGGAGGGCUGCAGCUGGAAGUUUGCCCGCUCAGAUGAGUUGACGCGUCACUACCGCAAGCACACAGGUCAAAAACCCUACGAGUGUCUGCUGUGCCAGAGGGCCUUCUCCCGCUCAGACCACCUGGCUCUGCACAUGAAGAGACACACCUGAAGCUCAAACACAAACACACAAACUUCUGUCAUUUAAACAAACAAGCUGAAACACAGACUUCUUAUAACUGAAUUUGGAAUUCCAUGUUGUCAUUUUCAGAUAUUUUUUGUCUGGUUGGGUUUAUUUAAAAAAACAAAAAACAAAUGAGUCAAUUAAAGUUUAAAAGCUUCAACAUUUACUUGAUAUCCACAAAUAAUAAACACCGUUUCAUAAAGUGUCUAAAGAUGUGACAGAAUCAGACAUUUUACCAACAUUAGUCAUAAAUCAACCCUACAGUCGACAGGUGACACAGAGAUCUGGCUGGGUGAAGCAAAUAGGACCACUGGCUGUAUAUUAAAGACGGAUAUGUGACUUCACCCAUCGGUUUGUAAGCAACUAUUUUGAAUCCUAGAGUUUGGAAUUUAGCCGUCAACAUGUUGGUCUCUGGAAACCAGGCAAACGAGGGUCGAAUCCGACUAAGAACUUGAGCAUAUUCCCUAUGUUUGAAAGUUGUCAACCACUAGGUAGCCACAUCCUAAAUAAUACGUUGCUUUACUGUCAAAUCCUAUUCAAUAUAUGACCAGAAUUUACAAAAUGAACACCAUGCUGUAUUCAAGGAUACUUAAAACUGGCAAACGAGACCAGAAAUCCUUUCAGAAAAUAUUUACUGAGACAACAAAUCAAGUGACAAGUGGUCUCAUUGUCUUAUAGACUUCUGUGGAAUGUGGUGCUUUUUUUUGCAUCCAGAGGUGUCGCCCCCUGCUGGUUGUUACAAAGAAUGCAUGUUUAAGACACUUCUGCACCAGCUUUAUUUUUCAGACUUGGAGGCUACAUCCACCUCAAGCAAUGAUGACCAACAGGUUAAAGGUAAAUUAGCUAAUAAGCUUCAGUUCCACUCAUUCAGAUAUUUUUUCGUUUUCAAACCAGCAGCUUUGCAACCAGACCAACACUGACUUAAGUAACAUCAUUUGAUUUGGCAAUGUAUCUGAUCUUGUCCAGCUUUAUCCAACUGUUUCCUAUAAGAACAGCAGCACUCCUCAGAAUCACUAAACAGAUUCUGGUGUUUAAAAUGAGUGUAUUUCUUUCAGUCUGAUAGUCACAUAAUUCUACAUUAACCCAAAUGAACAUUGCCUCAAGACACAACACCGAGACUUAUUAAAGUUAAAGUGUUCAGACUUGCCUAUCACACAGAUUUAUACAUUUAGGGACCUAUGUUGCUGUAAUGAUUUUCCUUUUAACCAUCACAGCAACAUGUGUGACUCCAGUCCUGAACUUACUUGUAAACUUAGACACAAACCCAAAAAUCAAGUCUUACUUACUUAACCAACUGAAAACCUGGCAACCAGCGAAAUAUCUUCACUCUGAAGGUGUAAAAAUCCAUCCCCUAAAAGUGUGGCUACUUUACAAUGUCCAGUAUAAGAUCUUAUACCUAUAUUAUGCAACUAGACGACUGCCAUAUGUUAACAUAUACAGACAUGACACAUAUUUACAUAUAGCAUAAUAUGCUAUAUGUAACAUGACUGCUCUAUGUUUCUUAAAUUGCCCCCAGUGGCGUGAUAAAGGCCACCUCGACAAACACUGUACACACUGUGGGCAUCUAUACAGCGGCAUGUGAACACUAACAAAAGACCUACCAAAAAGUGCACGUAGCAUGGGUUGUAAUACAACACACAAUUAUAUAUCCAGCAGAAGCUCACAGCUAACUCAUGAAAGUCACGACUGCUGAGUAACAAAGCUUUAAAUAUGCCAUAAAGUGUGUGCUGAUGUAGAUUUUUCUAUUUUUCUGUGUUCAAGGGUUUUAAUUUAAGAAAAACAUGCAUGUGUGCCUUUUUUUUUCUCCUCAAGAUGUUUUAAAGCUGUACAUAAUUUGCAUCUCUCUUGCUCACUGUUUGUUAUCAUUUUAAAAGUAGCAACAUAUUUAUUACCAUGAUCUUUUAUAUUAACAGAAAAUACUAUAAUAUUGUACAGGGUUUAAAUGUUUUCACGAAUGCUUUAAGGUCUGCCAUGUAUUGUUACCGACAUUGUAAUUCCAAAAAUAAAUUCAAUUCAAUUCAA